GUGAUGUCGCAAUCAGAUGAAGAAGAAGCCAUCAUCACUCACAGGCGAAUCGCGCCGGGCCCGGAGAAGAGCGUCUUCCUCAUCUCUCUCUCUCUCUACUUCUUCUUCUUCUUCUUCACUUUCUCUCUGAAUCUGCCGUCACAAGGAAGCUUCCGUCUGAUUCAAAGCAAUCUCCACAUGCAUUGUUGUUGUACACUAUACGAGUCUUCUCAAGCUUCGUCUUCCCCUUUUGUUUGAGAAUCGUUUCUAAUUUCCUCCGUCGUCAGUUCACGAUUCUCUCUCUUUCUCUCUGUCUGCAAUGAGUGAUUUCUUCGAUGAGGGGAAGCAGCAAUUCGCAAGUGUUGCAGAUGGGAAUGCACCAGUCAAGUAUCCAAGCUUCAAGCCACCUAAGUCGAGUUUCGGAGAUGGUGGCAAACAUAGCGCCAUUGAUGUUUUUCCACUUCUUGUCAAGGAGGCUGCAUAUCCUUUGAUAGAAGACCGUGGCAUCGAUACUUCACUGGUCCAAGACAUGUGUACUAUCUCAGUCUUACCUGAUGAAGGAAAUACAAUCCCACAAUGCACCUCGCAGUUUACUCUCUUGAGCUUCGUCAAAGCUCUGCUUCCAUCUAAAAAUCAGAUGUUGUUUGAUGCGCAACUGAAUUGUCAGAAAACGCAGAACCGCAUCAAUGUGCUACUGGGAGGUACAGAUUCCUACCAGUCAUGCGUUGUUGACAUAAACGUCGAGAAAGGGAAUGGUGGUGAUACUGUGACAUCCCAUGACGAAGUUGUUGGAAGUGGGAAAUCCGAGAGUGUACAUAUGCAAAAGGUAUUACAGAGACAAGCAAGCUUGAGUACUGACAAAGCUAUCUCCGAGCGAUGCCACGAUGCACCAACAAACAGGUGGAGAAGAUACAAGCGUGCCGCUUCAUUUGAUUCAAGAAAAAUCGUCAUCCUAUUCUCCAUCUUAUCAAGUGUGGGAACAUUGAUAUUGAUCUACCUGACACUGAGAGUGAAGCAAAACGGAGACAACAAUAACAGCUUCAAUCACAUGUAAACUGUAACAUCUCUUUUGGCCUUUUCUCUCCUUUGCUGUCUCGCUGUUUUGAAUCUCUUUCCCAGAACUUGUCUUUUGUUCCAAGUUUCAUAAUGUUGAUAAUAACACUUGCAAAUGCUUAACGCGCCUGUAACUAAACAAGAAGUUAAAAAAGUAAAACAAAAGUAGAAUCAACAGUGCUUAGCAUC